UUUCUCUGUCACUGAUGAUGCGGUAAACUGAGUAGUUUACCUAGGUCAGGAAGUAGCGUGGAAGGUACUGGGGAAAUGUUUGGGCUAUGUUGUAGCUUUAAAAAGAGAUGUGGGACACACCGUGGCGUUAAAGGAGCACUAAGAACUGAUUGUGCUCUGCUUUCAUAUAUGCUAAAGUUAGAAGGAAGCUAGAAUGGAAACACUUGUUUUUCUGUUUCCUCAAUUGAACUUUUUUGCCCCAAAAGAGGAAGCAUAUUUCAAAAUGCUCUGUCCUGAGGACUUGUUGGCACCGAGAAUGAAAGCUAGUAAUUUCAGGUUGAAAGACAAGAAGAGCCGACUGAGCCUUCUGCUGACCAAGUCAGGCUCCCAUGAAAACAUCAGUCCAGAAAAAAAGACAGCCACCACCCACAACAACAUCUCACCAGAGGCAGCGUUGAGAUGGAGCGACUCCUUUGAAGAUCUGAUCAGACAUUCAGACGGAGUGGAGUCAUUCUCUCAGUUCCUCAGGACAGAGUUCAGUGAGGAGAACAUUGAGUUCUGGUUGGCCUGUGAGGAGUACAAGACCAUCGACUCGGAAAUCCGGCUCAUCUCCAAAGCCAAGCACAUGUAUUCUGUCUUCAUUGAAGCCGAGGCCCCAAAAGAGGUCAACAUCGACUAUGCCUCCAAGGUGGCCAUCCAGAAGACCAUGGCUUCGCCGACGAAUACCUGCUUUGAUGCGGCGCAGAGCAAAGUCUACAGCCUGAUGAAAAAAGACUGCUACCCAAGGUUCCUCACGUCAGAUAUCUACCUGCACCUCACCAAGAGAAAAGGCCCCGGGACCACUAUGUACCGCCGGAGGUCACGGUCCUGUGUUUUCAAUGAGCCACGAGGGGAGGCCACCAGCGACUCCUCUGACUGGUUGUAGCGUCGUAAGCCGAGAGUAGCACAAUACACACACUCACACACACACACUCACACACACACACUCACACACACACACACUCACACACACACACUCACACACACUCACACACACACACACACACACACACACACACACUCACACACACUCACACACACUCACACACACACUCACACACACUCACACACACUCACACACACUCACACACUCACACACACACACACACACACACACACUCACACACACUCACACACACACACACACACGGACACACACACACACACGGACACACACACACGGACACACACACACGGACACACACACACGCAACCUUACAAAUUCCCUUGCAGUGCAAUGCCUGUCGCUGACUAGUUGUGUGAUUGUGGAAAGCUGUACCUUUUUAAUGAGAGACUUUCUGAAGAGAUUUGACUUUACAGCUAUCAAUUAAAAUGUUCCCCAUCUAGACAGCAAACAUGAACAGACUGUGUAAGAAUACUAAUAUGCAAUAUUCAUCUUGUUUAUCGUUAAAUGUCUUGCCACUGCUUGUAUUAAUUCAAUAAUUUAUUAUAAUAAUAUGUUAUGUUGGCUUGUAGUUGUAAAUUGUAUAUAUUGUCUAGAGAGUAAUUAUUGGAAUAAACGACAUAUUAUAAAAAUGUU